GGAUCCCGGAGACCGCGCGGCGGGGACGCGCGGGGAUCGCGAUCCGGAACCGUCCGCCGAGCGAGAGCAGCGCCCCCGGCCCGGGGCUCGCGGCGUGGAGAUCGGCGGUGGGGCAAAGAAGCCCCCGUGAGCCGAGGACGCCAUGGCCACGUCGGCCCCACUGCGCAGCCUGGAGGAGGAGGUGACCUGCUCCAUCUGCCUGGACUACCUGCGGGACCCCGUGACCAUCGACUGCGGCCACGUGUUCUGCCGCGUCUGCACCAGCGACGUGCGCCCGGCCCCGGGCGGCCGGCCCGUCUGCCCACUCUGCAAGAAGCCCUUCAGGAAGGAGAGUAUCCGGCCCGUGUGGCAGCUGGCCAGCCUGGUGGAGAACAUCGAGCGGCUGCAGGUGGACAAGGACAGGCAGCCCGGAGAGGGGGCCCGGGAGCAGGCGGACGGCAGGCUGUGCGAGCGGCACCGCGAGAAGCUGCACUAUUACUGCCAGGACGACGGCAAGCUUCUGUGCGUCAUGUGCCGCGAGUCUCGGGAGCACCGGCCCCACUCGGCCGUCCUCGUGGAGAAGGCUGCCCAGCCCCACAGGGAGAAGAUCCUGAACCACCUGAGCACCCUCAGGAGAGACAGAGACAAGAUUCAGGGCUUUCAGGCAAAGGGAGAAGCCGACAUCCUCACCGCCCUGAAGAAGCUCCAGGACCAGAGGCAGGACAUAGUGGCUGAGUUUGAGCAGAGCCACCAGUUCCUGAGGGAGCGGGAGCGGCACUUGCUGGACCAACUGGCGAAACUGGAGCAGGAGCUCACGGAGGGUAGAGAGAAGUACAAGACCAAGGGUGUCUCGGAGCUGGCCCGGCUAGCGCUGCUCAUCUCUGAACUGGAGGGCAAGGCCCAGCAGCCAGCAGCAGAGCUCAUGCAGGACAGCAGGGACUUCUUGAACAGGUAUCCGCGGAAGAAGUUCUGGAUUGGGAAACCCAUUGCUCGAGUGGUAAAAAAAAAGACAGGAGAAUUCUCAGAAAAAGUGCUGUCUCUGCAGCGAGGACUAAGAGAGUUCCAAGGGAAGCUGCUUAGAGACUUGGAAUACAAGACGGUGAGUGUCACCUUGGACCCGCAGUCGGCCAGCGGGUACCUGCAGCUGUCAGAGGACUGGAAGUGUGUGACGUACAGUGGCCUGUACCAGAGCACUUACCUGCACCCGCAUCAGUUUGACUGUGAGCCGGGUGUGCUGGGAAGUAAGGGCUUCACCUGGGGCAAGGUGUACUGGGAGGUGGAGGUGGACAGGGAGGGCUGGUCCGAGGAGGAGGAGGACGGGGAGGAGGAGGAGGAGGGGGAGGAGGAGGAGGAGGAGGAGGAGGCCGGCUAUGGGGACGGGUACGAAGACUGGGAGACAGAUGAGGACGAGGAGUCUUUGGGGGAGGAGGAGGAGGAGGAGGAGGAGGAGGGGGAGGAGGUCCUGGAAAGCUGCAUGGUGGGGGUGGCCAGAGACUCUGUGAAGAGGAAGGGAGACGUGUCCCUGCGGCCAGAGGACGGGGUAUGGGCCCUGCGCCUCUCAUCUGCGGGCAUCUGGGCCAAUACUGACCCCGAGGCUGAGCUCUUCCCUGCGCUGCGGCCGCGGAGGGUGGGCAUCGCCCUGGACUACGAGGGGGGCACCGUAACCUUCACCAACGCCGAGUCACAAGAGCUCAUCUACACGUUCACGGCCACCUUCACCCGGCGCCUGGUGCCCUUCCUGUGGCUCAAGUGGCCUGGGACACGCCUCCUGCUGAGACCCUGAGCCCCGCGCCCCCCCCAGCCCAUGACCCCCGACGCCCCCCUCCCCUGGGAGCCCUGGACUGUGCUGGGAACAGGGUGUCUGGCCAUCCCACCUGGAGCAGGUGGGCCCCUGCCCCCCAUGGCCGGGGCCCGUGGAGGCUUGCUCAGUGCUGCUGCUGUGCCAUACAGCCGUAGUCAGGCUCUUCCCCCAGCCCCCGGGGCUCCCCAUGCACACUUCCAACCCGAGGGCCAUGGGGCCCCUCUUCUGCCCACUGCCUUUGACCCAGCUCUGCACUCUCCAUGCUGAGUUAGAGGAGAAGCAGUGUUUUGCUGCCCCGUCCAGCAUCCCACGCUGACUCUUCCUAGGAAAAAGCAGGUGACUGUGAGGCCCAAUCCACAUGCUUCCCGCUUGCCCAGACCCUCUCUGCUGCCUGCGUUCCCCAGCACUUGAGACAGCCGCGCUGCCCCCCAGCUCAAGAGUCUCAAGCACCCACACACACGCUAGUGGACAGGGCAAAAGCCCGCCACGGUUUCCGGGCUGCGUAAUAAGCCUCCUGGAGUGCCGCGGAGUCGGGGGUCAGCAUGGGCUCCAUGCUUCUCCAGGAGAGAGCUGAGCAUCUGAUGUGUGUGCAUUGAAGAAGGCGGGACCCCCUGGAGGACCUGUGGACUUGGGGGAAGGAUCUGCGUACGUGUGGCUUUGGUUCACCACUUGUGACCAGUGAUCAAUAUAACCCGUGGGUGUGGCCACAGGAUUGUCCUGGGCGUCCAGAAUAUCCUGCUCUUGACCAGUCCUCUGAAAGCACCAGGGCAAAUACCGCUGAAGCCACACCUGGAAUCCCCUCCCUGGAAGCCUGGACAAGUCUGCUGCAGGCUACAAAGCAGGAAGCCUGUGUCGCGCCUGACUCCACACACACAGUCUGUUCUCCUGGGAGAAGGGCGGUGGUGGGCACAGGAGAGGUCACCGGGUCCUCGGGUCAGGAGAAGGUUAGAGCCUGGCCUCGUACGCCCAGGCCCAGCCCCGUCCCAGCCUGUGUCCAGGGCCCUCUCGUGGCCAGCCCCACAGCCUGCCAGCAGCCUGCCCCAGAGACCACGUGUCCCCAGCCACUGGCCUCCACAGUCUGGGACUUGCCCCGUGCAUGUGUCCCGUGCUGCCGGGUCACACAUCCACCUGAUCCUGCCUCUAGGUUUGUAAGGUCCUGGAGGGUGGAGACCGUGUCUUCUCCUCUGCACUCCCUGCGGCACCGCCUGCAGUGUGGGCACAUAGUAGGUGCUUAAUAAAAACUUGAUGAAUGAGCA